AACCAGACACGAGUGGCCAGUAACACAGGAAGGGAGGGAGUGUUCAGUAGGUCUGCAGCAGGGAAGCAACCAUUACCGGUUAGCAAACAGCUAUCCUAGCUCGUUAGCACUGUCGUCCGGAGCACAGAGCUUCGAAACUAAAAUAGGCAGGUGUGAAUGCCUCAUGUGGCACUGAUGUGAAGAACAGUAGAAGGUGUACGCAGUAUCAGAAUGGAUGGGCAGACUCAAAGGAUUCAACUUGUGUCGGCAGACAGCAACAUGGCAUUAGGACACAGAAUACAGAUUGUAACUGAUCAGCAGACUGGUCAGAAGAUCCAGAUCGUCACAGCACUUGAGCCGUCUUCCCCUGGAAAACAGCAGUAUAUUUUAGCAAACACUGACUACCACUCUGCAGGGAAAGUGAUCCUUGCCAAGCAGGAGGGCUCUGCCAACAAAGUCAUCCUCUCCUCUCAAGACGGCUCUGGGAUCAACCACCUGUUGUUCGCCUCCCCUGAUCUGGCUGGGCAGCAGAUUCAGUUUGUGACUGAAGGGUCAGACCAGUCUCUUGGGAAACCGGUUGUGGAGUACUGCGUUGUCUGUGGGGACAAGGCCUCUGGGCGCCAUUACGGGGCUGUCAGCUGUGAGGGCUGUAAGGGUUUCUUCAAACGCAGCAUUAGAAAGAACCUGGUGUAUACGUGCAGAGGCUCCGGAGAGUGUGCCAUCAACAAGCUCCACCGAAACCGCUGCCAGUACUGUCGCCUGCAGCGCUGCAUAUCGCUGGGCAUGAAACAGGACUGUAAGACUGUGCAGUGUGAGAGGAAACCUGUUGAAGUGAACACCAGAGAGAAAUCUGUCAACUGUGCAGCCUCCACUGAGAAAAUCUACAUCCGCAAAAACCUGUGCAGCCCUCUGGCUGCCACGACUACCUUCAUGUCCGACAAGGAGACCGCCAGGUACACACACUUCAUAAAACAUGACGCCAGGUCUACAAGUUUGCUUGAGUCAAGCAUGUUGCUCAACAUCCAGCAACCGUUCUGCAAGAUGGAAAACACAAUCUUGAUUCCAGCAUCCCCCGACAAGGAUGACCCGUCUCAUGGUGACCUCGGCACGCUGGCAAAUGUAGUGACGUCCCUCGCCCACCUCAACAAGGCCAGGGAAGCGAAUGACAGCUGCAACGACAUGAUGGGAGAUGAUACGCUUAGCAACGGGGACAGCUCCAUGACAGACCUCCAGGCAGAUGAGCAAACUGCAAGUGAUAUUACUCGAGCUUUUGACACUCUGGCCAAAGUCCUGCACCCGACUGACGGCUCGGCAGGAGAGUCCCUGGAGGCCACCAUGCAGCUGAUGUCAGGGGACCAGUCGGGUCCUGUGGUGGAGCUGGAGGGGCCGAUACUCUCUGACAGCCAUAUCCCUUUCAAGCUUAUGAUGCCUUUGCCUGUGCCAGAGUACCUCAAUGUCAACUACAUCUGUGAGUCAGCUUCCCGGCUACUUUUUCUCUCUAUGCACUGGGCACGCUCCAUCCCUGCCUUUCAAACCCUCGGCGGUCAAGAUAAUGACAUUAACUUAAUGAAAGCCUGCUGGAAUGAGCUGUUCGCCCUCGGUCUGGCUCAGUGCUCCAACGUCAUGAAUGUUGGUACCAUCCUAAGUGCCAUUAUCAACCAUCUGCAGACCAGCUUACAGGAAGAUAAGCUGUCACCAGAUCGAGUGAAACUAGUAAUGGAGCACAUCUGGAGAAUGCAGGAGUUCUGCAACAGCAUGAUCAAGCUGUCCCCAGACUCCUAUGAAUAUGCCUACCUCAAAGCCAUCAUUCUUUUCAGUCCUGAUCACCCAGGCAUAGAUAAUACUCCACAGAUUGAGCGCUUUCAGGAGAAGGCCUACAUGGAGCUGCAGGACUACGUGACCACGACUUACCCAGAAGACUCCUAUCGGUUAUCCAAGCUGUUGCUGCGUCUUCCCGCCCUCCGGCUGAUCAGUGCCGCUGUCACUGAGGAGCUGUUUUUCGCCGGUCUCAUCGGCAACGUGCAGAUCGACAGCAUCAUCCCGUACAUCCUGAAGAUGGAGUCCACCGACUACAACAGCCAGGCGGCCUCUGGGGUCUGACACCAGCUUGUGCCAUUAGUAACUGAACUGGACAGCAGGCCAAUCAGAGAGCUCCACAGAGCGAUCACAAAGUGGUCCCAACAUACUGUAUUUAUGGCUCAGCAUCCUAUGGGAAAUCAGUUUUCACUCUUACCUUGCUCCAGCUUCUGACCCACCGGUCAGUAGAACUCACAAAGAGGACGAAUGAAAUCAGCGGCUGCGCGCCUGCCAACCUCUGCCCGUUCCGGAAGGAAACCUGGAAACCUGCAUCGUAGAUUGCGCUUUUUAUUGUACAUAGUAUUUUAUGCUUCAUCGCGUGCAAGCCUCUCCUUUUUUCUGCAGAUCUUGUUUCUACUUUUAGAAAUGAGGAUGGUUUGAUUUUCACUGCUUUCCUACGUGGUCAUGCUUUUUUUAUUUUCUUAUAAUUAUGCAGAGAAAAAAAGACUUGUCAUAAUGUGAGAUGUUGUUAUUGCAAAAAGGUUAUAACCUUUAUUUCUUAUUUGUUUGGCAAUCCAAAGGAUCAGGCCGCAACACUUGUUAAAUACCUGACAUCAUGAACGUAUCGUGUAUAUAGAUUUGUAUAUAGAUCGCACCAAGAAGGCUAGAAUGGGCAUCACUUGGUAACUCAUCAAUCCCAUCUUUUGGACAAAAUAAUGUGGACAGACAAAGGACAAGUCAUUAAAAAAUAAAAACACAUUUCCACCA